AUGCAAACAAAGCCAGUAAGCGACCGGGAGCCCCUUGAUCCACAUCCGAACGGCUACUUGUCGCUGGAGGCUGAGUUCCAACAGGCGGCGAAGAAGGUGGCAAACACUCCAACUGCUUCCGAUGAACCUGACGAAAUCCUCUAUUCGGGGCCGCGAGAGGAGCGGGGGGAGCCGCCAAGCUUCCUGAGCCGUGUAAAGAAGGUUGCAGGUCGUGUUGUGCCAUACGGUGGAAUUGUUUCGACUGUUUUCAACUUGGCUUCUGUGUGUGUUGGGGCGGGUAUUCUCGGCCUUCCGGCGGCCGCUAAUGGCAGCGGACUUAUCAUGGCUUUUAUAUACCUGAUAGUAAUCGCCUCCUUUGCCAUUUACUCUCUGCAUAUUCUUGGCAAGACAAUGGAGAAGACAGGAAUUCGCACCUUUGAAACCAUGGCUAAACAAUUAAUAGGGGAUCGCUUUGACUACUUUGUUGCUUUAAUUCGAUGGAUCAAUUCAUUUGGUGCCACCGUUGCGUACAUCAUAAGUGUGGGCGACAUUUUGGAGCCUAUUCUCAAGCACUCCUCCGGUGCACCAGAUUACCUCAGGACCACUUCAGGGCGCCGUGUUAUUACAAGUCUAGUUUGGUUUGUUAUCAUGCUUCCACUAGUGUUGCCAAAGCAGGUGAAUUCCCUACGCUACGUUUCAACAUUAGCUGUGGCCUUCGUGCUGUACUUUGUGAUUAUGCUUGUUAUUCACUCCUGCGAGGAUGGUUUGGAAAACAUUCACAAAGUGGAUGGAGUGACAAUUAAGCUUUUCAACACUGGCAAUGCAGCUAUCGAGGGUCUUGGAGUAUUUAUGUUUUCUUUUCUUUGCCAGAUUAAUUGCUACGAGGUCUAUUGGGAAAUGAAGCAGCGUUCUGCGAAGAGAUUUACUUUGUGCGCGGCUAUUGCGAUGAUACUUUGUUUUGUACUCUAUGUAUUAACCGUCUUCUUUGGAUACAUGGAGUUCGGAAGCGCGGUUCAGAGCUCCAUCCUGCUCAUGUACAACCCUGUGCGUGAGCCGAUGGUGAUGGUAGGCUACGUUGGGAUCCUUGUGAAAUUGUGUGCGGCCUACGCUUUGCAGACGAUGGCGUGCCGUAAUGCGGUUUAUCACUGCAUCAGCUGGGAGGUGGAAACCCUCCCCUACUGGAAACACUUCAUCGCCGUCAUUAUACUCUCGACGGCUGUUCUUCUUUGUGGACUGUUCAUUCCCAACAUCAACACCGUGUUUGGCCUUGUGGGUGCCAUCUGCGGGGGAUUCCUCUCCUUCAUCUUCCCCGCACUCUUCUACCUGUACUCAGGGAACUGGACACUGCGGUCAGUUGGGUUGUUUGACUACGUUGCCACGCAUGCGCUGUUGUUUUCUGGGGUUAUUGGUAUUGUGUUCGGUACCAUUGCGUCUGUCUAUAGUACCGCCACCACGUGA